AUGACUGCACGGUUACCUCAAAUAGAAAAAGUCAAAGCUGCUUUUGUUGUGGCUGUUGUAGCUUGCGCCUUUGCAUGCUAUUAUUUCAUUAAAAGCAGCAGAAGAUUAGGGACGCAAAGUGUUCCAGGACAACAGCAAAGUCAGUCGAUUCCAAACUCUGAAUCGUUAACUGCUACGAAGUCACCACAAUCAACUUCAUCUCAGGUUGAUGAGUUAAGAGCAAUUCUUCAAGAGAAAGAUGAAAACGAGUUAAAGGGCGAAAUACGUUUGGCUGUGCCAGUAAAAAAGAAGAGAAAAUCCAAGAAAAAGAAGAAAAAAUCCUCUUCGAAGCUUUCUGCUGGCGAGGUGAGUAAUGAAUCGUCACCUGCUGAAAAAUUGACCACUGAAAGUGUUCCACUUGGCGAACAAGUGGUUGUGGAAAAUAAGAUUGCACCGCUUGAAAUGAAAAAGUUAGAAACAUCUAAGGUAACAACACCGACGAGCAGUAACGAAAGAGGAAAGCAAGCUAAGCCAGAAAAUGAUGUUAAGACAGCAGCGUUGCUCAUUACUUCAGUAUCAUCAUCAGGGAACGAUGAUGUAGAGAAAAAGAAAACAAAAAGGAGGAAAAGCAAUGGAAAGAACAUGAAAGGAAUGAAAUCUGAAUCGAUGAAAUGA